GGAUGGAUGUUCUAACUAGGAGAUAAGACACAUGUCUAAGCAGCAGUUUCCCUCAGGUGGAUGGUAUGAUGGAGAGCUGGGUGCUCAGGUUAGCCACAGCCCUGAAGACCAAUCUGAGAGAUGUCAACGUGGUGAUCACUGACUGGCUGUCCCUGGCUCACCAGCACUACCCCACUGCAGCUCAGAGCACCCGCACUGUGGGGAAGGACAUAGCUCAUCUGCUGCACUCACUUCAGGAACAGUACCAGUACCCACUGAGAAAAGCUCAUUUGAUUGGCUACAGUCUUGGCGCUCACAUCUCUGGAUUUGCAGGAAGUUAUCUGGAAGGUCCGGACAAGAUUGGAAGAAUCACUGGUCUGGAUCCAGCAGGGCCACUGUUUGAAGGCAUGUCUCCCUCAGACAGACUCUCCCCAGAUGACGCUGAAUUUGUGGACGCCAUCCACACCUUCACCCAGGAACGGAUGGGCCUCAGUGUGGGCAUCAAACAAGCAGUGGCUCAUUAUGACUUUUACCCUAACGGAGGAGACUUCCAACCAGGAUGUGACCUGCAAAACAUUUACGAGCACAUAACCCAGUACGGGCUUAUGGGUUUCGAGCAGACAGUGAAAUGUGCUCAUGAACGCUCCGUCCAUCUAUUCAUUGACUCCCUGCAGAACAAAGACAAGCAGAGCACGGCCUACAGCUGCACCGAUAAGAGCGCUUUCGACCACGGUGCGUGUCUGGACUGUCGGAAGAAUCGCUGCAACACACUGGGCUACGGUAUCAAGAAGGUUCCCAGCACAAGACACAAGAGGCUCUUCCUGAAAACACGUCCUCGGAUGCCUUACAAACGUAUGUGGAUGUUCCUCAUGAUUUCAACCAAAUAGCCCCAAAGUACAUUU